AUGAACCCAACGCAACAAGAAUCGGGGAAUCUCUCGGCCAAGGACAAGAUCUGCUUUCGUGGAUCCAACUUCAAUGUCUACAAGACGCGAAUCCAAGCCAAGUUGAAGGCUGCCGGUCUGUGGACCACUGUGCUGGGCCAUGAAGACGAUGGCGAUGAAGCUGAAGAGAAGGAAAACAAAGCGUUCAACGUGAUCAUCAACUCGCUCGAUGACGACAACGUUGCCUACGUGUGCCACCUCAAGCUGGUGAGCGAUGCCUGGGCUUUGCUUACCGAGCGCUACGAGUCGCGUGCCUACGCUGACGUCUCGCAUGUGAUCCAUUGCAUGCACACAACGUCGUACAAACCUGGAACCUCCAUGCAACGCUAUUUGACUGAGAUGCGUGCGUUUCAACAAAAGCUCAUACACAUGGGCUCCAUGGUCGAAGACAAAAUGCUCGGAAAGGUCGUGUUGACCAGUGUGAAAGAUGCGUUCCCAACGACAGUCGAAAUCCUACGCUCCCGUGACCCACCGCCGACAUUGCAACAGAUCUGCGAUCGCCUUUUGUCUAAGGAAAGCGAGGUCAACGACUCCAAGCCAUCCAAACGCAAGCAAACGCAAGCACGAUGA